GUUCAUUCUACUGUUUAUUCAUUUUCUGUGGACCCAUAUUCCUUUGCCUAUCCUUGAUUUGGAUACAACCGACAAUAGGACACUACCUGGUUGCAGCGUGUGCAUUUAGCCUCAAUUGCAAGAAAGGUGAGUUCUUGGUGAGCGAAAUAAGGGUCAUUUUGUGGCUGGGCCAUAGAGAUGACCAGGCUGUGACGGUUGGGUUCUCUCUCUGUCUGUGGACCAACCCUGGCAUGGCUACUGCUAGGAAGAGCUCCGCAGCAAAGGCGGGAGGAGUUGGUUUCUCAGAAGAGCCAGCUGCCGGCACGCCGUCCCAUGUCCACUUUGAUGAGAAGCUCCACGACUCUGUCGUCAUGGUGAUCCCUCAGCCUGACGGGAACUUUAUGGUCAAGGUUGGUUUCCUGAAGACCCAGCACAAGUAUGAGAUUGUCUUCACCCUCCCGGAGCUUCCAUCACUGGGGAAGGACGCGUCUCCAGCUCCAGUACCCAACCCCCAUAUUCGCAUCACUGAUAUCACUCCUGUACCAGAGGGUGGUCUGAGAGUGACAUGUGAGUACAUGGCCCACCAGGAGGGGGUGCUGUGUGAGGAGGUGAUGCUGGUCAAUGAGAGCCAGGAGGACGUCUGCGUGGGGGUCAAGGUGCACGCCCGCGUCAUGGACCGUCACCAUGGUACACCCAUGUUGUUGGAAGGAGUGCGUUGUGUGGGAGUGGAGCUGGAGUAUGACUCUGAACAGAGUGACUGGCAAGGAUUUGACUAAACCAGACAGUGUGACACACACACACAAAAGAACAUGCCACAUGUAUUCAAAUUCAACAUCCACUGUACUUCAAACGAUCCCUGACCAUUUCAAGAUGUUAUGGUCCUAAAGGGAGGAUUAAAUUAGGAAAUGGAUAGAAGUUAUUUUAAGUAGUAGUCUGGGUUUUUAAUUUUACAUUCAGGCCGUACUUGGCCGCUAAAAGCUGAAUUGCAGCACACAACGCAUACAAGUAAACAAAUAAAUUCUUACCUUGCUUCAAAAGUAAAAAAAACAAGCAUCAAAACCUUUUUUUUUAUUUUUUUUUUAAGUCCAAUGUGAUCCGAUCACUGUUGAGAUUCCCUCAACUAUACUGAACACAAAUAGAAACGUAACAUUUAACAAUUUCAGUUAGUUCAUAUAAGGAAAUCAAAUAAAUUCAUUAGGCCCUAAUCUAUGGAUUUCACGACUAGAAAUACAGAUAUGUUGGUCACAGAUACCUUUAAAAAAGAUAAUGAUCAUGCAGUUUAAUCAGCUUUUUGUUAUGCCACACCUGUAGGUGGAUGGAUUAUUUUGGCAAAGGAGAAAUGCUCACUAUGGAUGUAAACAAAUUUGUGCACAAAAUGUAAGAGAUGCUUUUUUUGCAUCUGGAAAAGUUCUGGGAUCUUUUAUUUUAGCUCAUGAACCAUGGGACCAGCACUUUAAAUGUUGCGUUUAUAUUUUUGUUCAGUAUAGUUAACAUACCUGAAAUGCAUCUGUACGAAGUACUGUUGUUAGUACUGUGAUAACACGCUAUCCAACUGCCCAUGCCAUUCCACUGCCUGCCUGCCCCUAUGUUGUUUAGAAUGUGUUUUCUGAGUAAACCUUUAGGGGGCAACAAAGUUCACGUAAUCAAGCCAGACCAUUUCACCCAACCUAAACUCAACUGUACCAAUAGGGGGCGACAAAAAACACUAAAAUUAUCCCUCUCAUCUGAAUCCAAAGGUGUAGAGGGAUUCAAAAGGACUUUUUUAAAUGAAAGAAUUAUACGCUAUUAAUCAGUCGCAAGUGCCUACGUUGCUGUACAGCUUUUACCAUCAACAACUGCCUUCGGUCCCGUACUAUCCUAUCUAUCAAGUAUCUCCCCUUCAGGAGUUAAAAGAUUUUGGACUUUAGUGGAUCAACGAUAGCUCAGCCUUCCAAGAUAAUUUUUAUAUCUACAAAACAUUUCAAGUAUAUUUAUAAAAUAUUAAAGAUUGGCGCCAUCAGUACCAUUGGUAGUAAAUCCACACUCAAAUUAGAUUGCCAGUUGUUUUUUGCUCUUUUAAUAUAUUUCAGGCAACAAGAAGAAAUAAAAGACAAAUAUUUUGGUUGUUAGCCCACCAUGAAUCUGCCAACAACUAGUAACACUUACCCUUUAUCUACCCCCAAAGCCCUCACCAUCCUCUCUGAGCACUCAUACUCUCAUUGCAACCUAAUAGUUUAGUAGUCACUGUUUACUGUCAAUAGCUAGUCAUUGUAAAUGUAUAUUCCGAUCCAAUAAGAAUGUCAAGUAUCUAGCAUAAAACAUAUCCUAAUUUCACAUAGCUAAACGGACAAAGCCCUGUUUUAAAUAUUAUUAUUUUUAUAUCGGACAAUCUUCAUGUGUUAACUGUGUUCGGCCUUAAUUGAGGAGAACCUGUAUAUCGUUUGUGUUUGUAUAAGAGGCUCUAAUAAUGUCUUAAAGUUAUACCUUGUUGUUAUGGUGUCCAUACUAAAUCCAUGCUCCAGGGUAGGGGUCAAUUCCAUUUCAAUUCAGGAAGUACAUUUGAAAUUGACUGAGCUACUUCCGGCGUGCAGAGCUACUUCCGGCGCCGACAGAGAUGGCCGCCUCGCUUCGCGUUUUUUUUUACGUGUUAUUUACAUAUUCUUUAUCCCCUUACACUGUGUAUAAGACAGUAGUUUUUUGGAAUUGUUAGUUAGAUUACUUGUUCGUUAUUACUGCAUUGUCAGAACUAGAAGCACAAGCAUUUCGCUACACUCGCAUUAACAUCUGCUAACCAUGUGUAUGUGACAAAUAAAAAAUUUGAUUUUUGAUUUUGAAUUCCAGUUCUUUUCAAUUAGGAAAAUGUGGAAUUGGAAUUAGUUUACUUUCUGAGUUGACUGGAAUGGAAAUGUCCUGAACCCUGCCAUGCUUCAAAAGCUAGUGAGACCGAGUGUGGAUUCCGUUUGGAUACAAGGCCAUCUUGUCCUUUUGAAUAGAAAAGAGAGGGCACUAUUGUUCAUGCAGUCAGACUUAUCAAAAUAAUAUCCUUAGCCCAUAUUGUGAUGGGCAUCAUAGCAGGUUUGGGGUCAAUUCCAUUUCAAUUCCAGUCAAUUCAGAAAGUAAACCAAAAUACAAAUGGUCCGAAUUGAAAUGUCAGUGUACUUUCUGAAUUGACUGAAAUUCAAAUGGAGUUGACCCCAGCUCUGGUUGUUGGGUAAUUGUACUGAGGGGUUACGGUACUAGGGGGGUGUGGCAUUUUGUCAGUCGAUAUGCAAUACAUGUUCCUUCAUUGGUGUUUGCUACUAUGGUCUCUGUUCUUUUCUUAUGCCAUAAAACAAAGUUUAAGUGCUUAUCAAGAAACACUUCCAAAAGGACUGAUUUGAGGUAGAAAGAAGUUAGAGCACUCAACAACAAAAAGCAGGGCUGUAUUUAUUUUAGCUCACUUUAAUCCAUUCUAUGCCGAUGUGAACAGGUGGAUGUCAAGCUGACAAUAAAUCAAUGUCAGAUUUAAAAUAAAAUGAAAUUGUUUAGUGCUCCAACUUCAUUCGACUUCAAAUGAGUCCUUUUGGAAGUUUAAGCGCUUCUCGUGAAUUUUUGUUAUUGUUGUUGAGCACCUUUUGUCUGCUGAAGUGUGAACGCCCACCUGAACUAAUAAAGUUUGUGUUUAAUUGUG